AUGCUCUCCUCUCACUACAUCCCUCUCUUGGAUCCCGUCGCCCGCCCCUCUUUGUGCUUCCUCGUUAUGUACCCCUGUGCACCUCUGUGGACGCCUGUGCACGCCUGUGCACCCCAUGGCAGGCUGCGGCACAUAUGUGAGGCGGAGGGGUUUGAGGCGGAUGUGCGGGGACUCAAUGCCCUGGCUGCCCAAACAGACGGGGACAUACGGGCGUGUCUCAACACCCUGCAGUUCCUGCACCGAGCCAACAGAGCACUGCGAGCGUCGGAGGUGGCAGAGCAGGUGGUGGGGCGCAAGGACGCCACCAAGGGGCUCAUGGACGUGUGGAAUGAGGUGAGGUGGAGUGCGGUGAGAUGGAGUGCGGUGAGGUGGAGUGCGGUGAGGUGGAGUGAGGUGGGCCGAAUGCAGUGGACAGAGUGA